AUGAUGAAAUCCACGGUUCUUUUCUCGCUUCUACCCGCCGCGACGUCGGCGUUCGGUAUUCCCAGACCCUCGGAGUGGGGUGUGGGGUCCGACGUUGGCCUCUCGGCCCUGGCGGAUAUGCUCAAGGGCAAGCUCACCCACCUCUUGGACGAGCGGAUGCCCGACGUCGGAUCUUUCGGCGGCCGUCACGACGACCAAGACCCCAUCCACACAAUCUACGAGCUCAUUUCCAAGAGCGAGCACACCACCAAGUUUGCGGGGCUCGUCGACGAGCACGACGACAUUGUCCAGCUCCUCAACAGCACUCACGCGAAGCACACCCUCUUCGUUCCGGGGAACAAGGCCUUUGAGCACAUUCCCGGCGACAAGAAGCCUGACGCCGAGUUCCUCAAGACCCUGCUCCAGUUCCACAUCGCGGAUGGGGAGUUUUCCGCCCGCAAACUUGUCCACACCAACACGGUGCCCACGAUCAUCAAGGAGAGGCUUCUCGGCGAUGAGCAGCAGCGUCUCCGACUGAGCUUUGGGUUUGGCGGGCUCAAGGUCAACUUCUACAGCAAGGUGGUCAAGCCUGACAUCGUGAAACUCACCUUCUUCCCCAGCCACUUCUCCACCCUCCUCCUUGCCUACGAAAAGACCAACUUUGUUGACUUCAUCCACAACGUGAAGCUCAACGGCAGCACCGUGUUCGCCCCCGACAACCGCGCCUUUGAGAAGCUCGGCGCCAGGGCCAACGGCUUCCUCUUCAACACCAAGAAGGGCCAGAGCAUCCUUCGCGCGCUCCUCAAGUACCAGAUUGUCGCCAACGUCACUCUUUACAGCGACACCGUCUACGGAGACGCCGAUAGGACUGGAGCUCAGGGCAUUGACAGAGAGCACUACGACCUUGUAACCCUCCUGCAGGACAAGCAUGUCAGCGUUGACAUCACCAAGUUCGGCGGGCUCACCAGCAUCACUUUGAACGGUCAGGUCCCCGUAGUGGCCCGGGACGCCAUCGCCAAGAACGGUGUCAUCCAGGUCGUCGGCAAGGUGCCUCUUCCUCCUCACAAGCACCACGACCACGACGGCGAUGAUGGCGACGAUCAUGAUCACGAAGAGGAGGGUGAGAUUGAGGUCGAGGAUUUGAUCGAGAGGUUCCGGGAUUACGUUGACGAGGACGACGAGUGGGUUGGUGAGUUGUAA